AUGGCCACUGAGAAGCUGGAACUAAUAGCAACACAAUCGGAUUUACACUUGCUACGAGAAAAGGGGUUCAUUUUAGAAAAGUUAAUCGGUGAGGGAUCAUAUGCUAAAGUUUUCAAAGCAACGCAAAUGAUCGACGAGACUCGACACUGCGUUAUGGCAUGCAAAGUGAUAAAUACAGCACAGGCCCCACGCGAUUAUCUCCUAAAAUUUUUGCCGCGAGAAUUGGAUGUCCUUAUUCGUGUCAAUCAUCCACAUAUAAUACACGUAUCUAAUAUACUCCAACGUCGUGCUAAGUAUUUUAUUUUUCUGCGCUUCGCUGAGCACGGAGAUUUGUUAGAUUUCCUAACGCACCACGGGGCCUUACCUGAAAAGCAGAGUCGGCUUUGGAUGAGACAAAUCUUGUCCGGAAUUCAAUACAUACAUGCUUUGAAUAUUGCACAUAGAGAUUUGAAAUGUGAAAAUAUUUUGAUAACAGCAAAUUAUAAUGUGAAGAUAACGGAUUUUGGUUUCGCUAGGAACGUAAGACUGAGAGAUCGCGAUGUUGUUAGUGAGACAUAUUGUGGCUCUCUCUCAUAUGCAGCGCCGGAAGUAUUGAAGGGCGUGCCAUAUUUGCCAAAACUAUCGGAUAUGUGGUCUAUUGGAAUAAUUUUGUAUACGAUGCUUAAUAAAGCCCUACCUUUUAAUGAAACGUCUGUGAGAAAACUUUACGAGAAGCAGGUAAUGCGUAAGUGGCGUUUCCGGACCAAUGUUGUUAAUCAGCUUUCUACUGAGUGCAAGCAGCAGGUGACGAUGCUUAUGGAGCCGGAUGCUAAACAGCGCCCAACAGCUGGUAGCAUCGUUAACGGUGCUUGGAUCGCUAUGGAUCAAAAACUUGCAAAGUUAACAUUUUUAGAAGAAUCACUUCUAAAACAAGCCGAGGAAGAGUCACAGAGAAAAGAACGUGAGCAUAUUGCAGAGAGCGAAGUCGAGAGGAUCGCUGAGUUGCGACGGAAAGCCCGCGGAAAAGAAGGUCUCAAAGUAUUGAAAACAAACGACACAAUAUAUCGAAAAUCACAAUCGAUUUUUGACAUCAAGGAACAAUAA